ACACGUGUUACCGUCCGAGCUAUCGACGAAUCACGUGCGGAAACGAACGGUUAUACGCCACUUGGAUGAAUUUUGUGGGAAUUCCAAUACAAGCUGAAAGGAGUGAUUGGUAUUCUUCAGAUGUUGAGUUGCUGACACAUCAUCACGUCAGUUGAGUCGUGUAAAGUGAAACUGCUUCAGUGUUGCUAUUUCUUGUAAUGACUAUGUGUGCAAAUAGGUUAAAAUGGUAUUCCAGCGCAAUGAAAAUAAUUGCCUCAAUGUUUUCUUGAUAGUAACGUGUGUGAUAAACGUCAGUCACGAAGCUUUAAAUAUAUUCAAAAAACCAUUAGAUAGUUUAGACAUCAAGUAUGGCUCUUUUCCAGAAGAUCUCCGCUUACAGAUGUUGGCAGAGGCGAAAAAAAUGUUUUAUUUCGGUUAUAAUAACUACAUGGCACACGCAUUCCCAAUGGACGAGCUGAAUCCACUGUUGUGUUGUGGUAGGGGCCCAGAUUAUGAUAACCCAUCUAACAUCAACAUAAAUGACAUACUUGGUGAUUAUAGCCUCACUCUGGUUGAUUCACUGGACACCCUGGCAGUACUUGGUAAUGUGACAGAAUUCCAGAAUGCUGUUGCUAAAGUUAUCCAGAAUGUCAGCUUUGACAAAGAUAACGUGGUUCAAGUAUUUGAAGUGAAUAUCAGGGUUCUUGGCGCACUCAUUUCUGCACAUCUCCUCAUAAUGGAUAAGGAGCAGCCUUUCGGAAACUUGCGUCCAUCCUGGUAUGAUGGUGAGCUUCUGCAGUUGGCACAUGAUCUGGCCUCUAGACUUUUGCCUGCAUUUGAGGAGAGUUCAACAGGCAUUCCCUACCCGAGGGUGAACUUACGUCAAGGUUUACCGCGACCACGUACAGCUGAAACUUGCACGGCUGGGGCUGGGUCUCUCGUGCUAGAAUUUGGCCUUCUCAGUCGACUGCUUGGUGAUCCAGUGUAUGAAGGGUAUGCGCGCAGGGCUAACAAGGUUUUGUGGAACCUAAGAGAAAAGUCAACAGGUCUUCUAGGUAACGUUAUUGACGUGGAGUCAGGACGCUGGAUAGGGAGACUUAGUGGCCUUGGUGCUGGCCUAGACUCUUUCUACGAGUACCUGUUGAAGUCGUACGUCAUGUUCGGUGAAUCCGAUGACUACGAAAUGUUUGUAGAAGCUUAUCGUGUUAUCAAGCAAUAUAUGCGCAGAGGACGAGCUCAUUGUAACCAAGGUUCUGGUGAUCAUCCUCUUUAUGUGAAUGUUGAUAUGAUGAGUGGUGCUAUUCACACAUCAUGGAUAGACUCGUUACAAGCUGCCUUUGCUGGAAUUCAGGUUCUACAUGGUGAUAUUGAAGAGGCAAUAUGUACACAUGCGCUUUAUUAUUCCAUCUGGAAGCAGUACGGUGUUCUGCCAGAACGUUGGAACUGGCAGCGGCUCUCUGCUGAUGUGACGUUCUAUCCACUCCGUCCAGAAUUGGUGGAAUCUACAUAUCUCCUGUACCAGGCAACCAGAAAUCCAUUUUACUUGCAUGUGGGUGUGGAUAUCCUACAAAGCCUGAACAAUUUUACUAGGGCAGAGUGUGGCUAUGCAACUGUGCACAGUGUUUUGGAUAAAAGUUUGGAGGAUCGCAUGGAGAGCUUCUUCUUGAGUGAGACUUGCAAGUACCUAUACUUGUUAUUUGAUAAAGACAACUAUGUGAAUAAGCACUUCAGCAAAUAUGUGUUCAGUACAGAGGGACACCUUUUCCCAGUGGAUGUUCAGUUUCGGUCCAAAGUGUGGGAAGAAAGGACCUCGGUGGGCAAUACUGGAUUAGUACAAAGAAGUGGUAACCUCUCGUGUGAUGCUGUUGAUGCUGAAAGGACAUAUUUCCUGCCAAUCAAGAGUCAUUAUUUAGUACAGAUUAGUAAAACUUUAGGUUUGGAAAAUUAUUAGUAAGAUCGUGUAAAACGGAUAUAAACGUAUAGCAGUUUAUCUGUGUGAAGGAGUGAAUCAGCUGAACAUUUACGAAAGGGUUAUAACGCAAAAAAUUCUGCAGUUGAAUUCUUCAGUAGAUAGAUAUUUUUAAUUUUUGCCACCAUUGUUUGUGUGUGUGUGGAAUAAUUUUUCUCAACUUUAUAUUUAUGUUUAUAUCAAUAUUUUAUGGACUCGCACACAAAUAUUAUUACAGUAUAUUACUGAAUGUAUGCUGUUUCAGGCUAACCACCUUAUCUUACAUGCAUAUAAUUUUUAUAAAAAAUAUUAAAUGGCAUCUUGAAACUGAUUUGGUAUAUAUAACAUGUUUAUACUACAUUAAUAUAUCAAAACGGUUUCGAUUUCAGAGUUUACCCUGAUGAUGGAAACAAAGAUUAGGUCUUGAAAACAUUUGUUUUUAGGUCAUCAUAACCUUUGAGGAUUUUUGUGUAUUUGUCAUGAACAUUUCAAAUUUUAAAUAUUCUGAAGUGUUUAGCUGAUUAACCCUACAGGCUUGUGCUUCCAUUUAAGUUAUAUUGUUAAUAUAAACACAUAUAAAUAAAUAUAUUUUUGUAUCUGCUCAUACCAUAUUGAAUGAUAAUGAUCGGGGGUGUAAAUAUAUAUAUAUAAAUAUAUAUAAACAAUGUAGCAUUUGACUUCCAAGCUUGAAUCCAAAGCGCUUUGUACCGUUAUGCCAUUAUGAGCUGUAAAACAAAAACUUAUUCAACGCCAUUCAUGAUUUGCAAGCUGCUCAAAUUAUAUACUGGGUAAACAUAACAUUUUAUUAAAAUAAUUUUCUAUUUAAUAUCAGCUGAAUCAUUCAACUGCUAUAUGCAGUAUAAGAAAUGGAUGCUUUCGAACUAUUGUUU